AUGCGUGGAUCAAUGUGGACACCGGCAAAGCUCAUUGCGCUAUUCAGCGUGAUUGGACGACUAUCGUCAGCGACUAAUCUAAGCGGUUUAUGCUCUGGCAACCAAGAUAGCUGGCCAAAUUACUACGGACCCCACUUUAUUUACGGAGGGUGGACACCCCCCAACAAUGUCCUAGGCUUUGGCGAGUGUGGGAUCUUGGCGCCUUUGAAAUGCGGUACGGCCGGCUUUCAACCUCAGACUCCACCACAGACUGGCCAAUUUGGUCCAGUAUAUGGUGACAAUGGAAAAAUGGUGCAAGCUGCCUCAACGGCCAGUGCACGCCGAUCUCAUGCUCCAGCAACGAGGUUGCGGUGCCUUUCUAUAACGACUUCUCCCUUCCCGGAGGCUCAGGACCUGGAUACGAUCUGGAAUGCCAGUGCGGCCUUUACAUAUCAGGAGCACCACUUGACUCCUCACCAUAUUAUACCGGUGACUGCUCCUGCCCCUCUGGUGUCUCUCUCAUGGAUGUCGACCCCUAUUGGGACAAUAGCCGGAACAGAUAUCAUAUUGCGGAUUGCGAAUGCGGGUCUGGCUCGCAAGUCUGGAUGUACCUCACCUAUCAAGGGCGCAUUCCAUCUGCAAACUACGAGUGUCUGCCAAAUUGUCCGGCAAACGCUGUGCUCGAUCCUAAUGGAGGGUCUAGUCCUCAAUGCCUCUGUACCUCCGACUUUUGGGGUCCGAGCAACGAUUGCCAACAAUGUCCUGCUGGCUGUGGUCAAGCAUCGGAGGCAGGCUGCAUAUGCGGACCAGGAACGGUUUUUCUCCCAGCUUCGAAUAGCGUGUUCGAGUGUGAGGCCCCUUAUGUGA